CAGCAAAGCUUCCUCCUCCAACCCCGGCUCCCCCCAGACCCCGGGCCCGGGGACCUUUCUUUAAGUCUUUUCGGGUCUCUCAGAAGAGACACGCUGGUGCUCGGAGACGCUGCUGGAGAAAGAGAAAAGCGCUACCGGAGUAACUGUGCGUGAGCGCCCCGGGGCGGGUCGCGGCGGGAACACUCUCAGGCUGGCUGGAGCGCGGGGAGAGGCCCGGCGGGGCUGUCACUUCUCACGGGGUGUGUGACCCGCUCGGGUGCCAGUUGGAGAGGCUCCUUCACUUUGGCGAUUGCUCCACAGCCAUGUCCGAGAUCUGGGUUCUCUGGCCACUGAUAUUUACCUCCAUUGCUGGACCAUUAUCUAAAGGUGAUAAUGCCCAUGUGGCUGAUAGCAACUCUGAGAUGCUGAAAUUGAGUAAGAAUAUUACUAAAAGGGAGAGCUGCGAUGAAGGCCUGUAUCGUGAGCACGAAUUUUGUUGUCAGCCGUGUCCUCCUGGCAAACGGAAAAAUGAUGAUUGCAAAAUUGAAGGAGGUGAACCAGAAUGUGUACUCUGUGCAGAGGGGGAGGAGUACACAGACAAGAACCAUCAUUCUUAUAAGUGCAGAAGAUGUAGAGUUUGUGAUGGAGAACAUGGCCUAGAAGUGGAAAAAAACUGUACCCGGACCCAGAAUACCAAGUGCAGAUGUAAACCAAACUUUUUUUGUAACGUAUCUCUGUGCGAACACUGUAACCCUUGUACCACGUGUGAACAUGGAAUCAUUGAGAAAUGCACACCAACCAGCAACACCAAAUGCAGAGAAGGAUCCAGAUCUAACUUACACAGUUUAUGGGCCCCCCUGAUCCUCAUUCUAAUAUCUGCAGUAAUAUACAGGGAGGUGAAAAGACGGCGCAGGAAUAGAAAGAAUGGUCACCAGAAAUCUAUAGCCUCAAAUACUGAAAUGAUGCCAGUGAAUUUCACAGACAUUGACUUGGGAAAACAUAUCAUUAGUAUUGCUGAACAAAUGAAAAUAACUGAAGUUAAAGAAUUUGUUCGGAAGAAUGGUAUGGAGGAAACUAAAAUAGAUGAGAUCAAGCACGACAAUCCCCAAGAUACAGCUGAACAGAAAGUCCAACUGCUCCGUAAUUGGUAUCAAAGUCAUGGGAAGAAAGAUGCAUAUUGCACUUUGAUUAAAAGUCUCAGAAAAGCCAAACUUCAUGCUCUUGCAGAGAAAAUUCAAGAUAUAGUCCAGAAGGACAUUACUAGUGAACAUGAAAAUGCAGACUUGCAAAAUGAAAAUGAAAGCUUGGCUUAAAGUGAAAAACAACUAACUCAGUUCUAAGAAUCUAUUAAAGAAAGAUUAAUGUUCGAAUAAGUUCUGGGUAGCUGCAAGCUAUAAAUAUUGCUUGGCUUUUUUUUUUUACUGGGUGUGUUUUCUUUUUUCAUUUGUUAGAUUUGUAGAGCUAAUAUAUUUACAGGCUUUGAGCAUCUCAUGGUUCUGCCUUCAAGGAUGUUUAAAAUCUAGCUGGGAAGACAGACACAGUUAAGAGUAAAUACAGGGGCAUGUUAAGUACGCAAAAAAGAACGUAUGCAAAGGACAAAAGAUUUCAGAUCAUGUUCAAGUAUCUAACAUAUGAUUCUGUAAGUAUGAAUGUAAUUAACAUCUGUAAAUACAAAUGCCUAUCCACAGACUGACCUCAUUCCAUAAAUCAGUAGAUGUGAUCUUUUGUUGUCAUGUCACAAUCAACUGGCUCUAAAUUACCUCCCCAGCUCCACUGAUAAUUCUAGAGAUUUUACCAUAUUUGUAAAUUUUGUUUACAGUUUUGAGAGGAGCAUACUCAGGGAAAGCUUACACAUACAUCUGAAUGUAGAAUAUAAUAAAGUUCUACCUCAAAGGUCUUUGCACAGAUUAUUGACAUUUCAUGGUGAAAUAUUUCAAUUUUGAAUUCACAUAGAAAAUGCAGACUCAGUUAUAACGCUUGGCUAUUUUAUAUUUGUUUGUCACUUUGGAUCAAAAUAAUCCACUUCUUUCUCAGGUGUCAAAACAUUUUGAUCAGGAAAGAAUUACUAGAUCAUUGGCACCUCUCCAUUUUCUCCUUGAUGUGCGUCUUGGUGGCCUGUGCACCCCCAGACUUGGAAGGACUGCCUAAGAAACACUUAACUGAUUCAUGCAAAGCUGGGACUGCCCUUGGAAACACCUAGCUUAGUUUGGAGAGACUAACUGGUCUUACGGAAGGUAGCUUUGUGGCAUAGCAUGAACCCAUGUCUACCACCAAAGCUGAUAAGGUAGAUUCUUAUUUUGCUCCAUCCGCCACAAAAUGUUCAGUAACUCCCCAUGUGUUCUCUCUUGAUGCAAAGGCAGCUUAUACAUAGCAAAAGUGAAAUCAUAUCAGGUUUCAGGAAUUGCUCUUGUUAUUUCCUGUAGCUUCUUAGACAAACAAGCCCCUUUCCCCACUACCACUUCCUUACUUUUACAUUUAAACACUUUCGAAAGUUUAUACUAAAUGUGAAUGUUAAUAAAUACUAUUAAUAUUUAUAUAGUUGUAAGCUGAAGACAGUUAUAAGCUGAAACAGAUACUCAGAACUACCUAAAGAGCUUCCAUUGAUGGAAGGUGUUUUCCUCUUAUGUUUGGAAAUAGAAAAUAUAGGUAAAACUAUUUAAUUAAAAUCAUGUUUUUGGUAUCUCUGGUUAUCUCUUUUUUUGGUGGGGCCUUGCUUUUUGUUUUUGUUUUCUUUUUUCCAUCUAUUGCUAAAUGUAACCUGUUUAUAAAUCUUUCAUCCUUCCUUUGGUCUCUUAGGAGGUAUUUCCUUUUUAAAGCCCUUUAGUAGUUAAAUAAUUUCCUCCAUAGGCUGUUACUCUCAAAAAUACCCCUCUCCUAAACACAUAAUUAGUUAUUAUGUGAGGAUUUACUAUAACAGGAUUAUAUAUCAGGCACUGAACGUGUGGUUAAGAAAGUAAAUAUUUCAAAGGGUUGGUUUUACUGGUAAGAAAGCUAAAUGGGGAUUUUGAAAUAAUCCUUCCUGCAUACUUUCCGUUUCUGGCUACGUAGUGACCACUGGACUAUCUCUCUUUUUUAAAACUUAAUUUUAAUAAUAUAUUUUGUUUAACCCAUCAUUUCCCAAAUAUUAUCAUUUCAAAUGUAAGCAGUAUAAAAACUAUUAAUGAUAUAAUUUACAUUUUUUUUCAUAGUAAAGCCCACAAACUCUGGUUUGUAUUUUAUUUAUACUUACAAGCACAUCUCAGUUUGGACUGGUUACGGCAUUGAUAGUUCAGGUCUAUAUCUUUGUUAGGGCAGAUCUGGUAACCUUGACUCUAUGGCUGGUUUAGCCCUACUACUAAAGUCCAGUAUUCCCUGUGGCUUUUCAAUGGGAUCUCUUCACUCUGGUUGGUUGGGGUGUCAACAGUCUCCUACUCCUAUGUCAGCUUUGGGAAUUGUUCUGCUUACAGCACCCGUAGCUGUUCUUUGCUGGCUCUUGGAGUCUUAUCCCUGCAUGUGCACAUAGUAUCAUCCGAAGACUCCAGAGAAUCUCUGUACCGAUUUCCGGAACUCUUUUUCUGUGUAGCUUCCCUCUUUUCAGUAUUCUGUUCCGAAAAGCCUGGCAGCCUCCGCCUCCUAAACUUAACCUUCUGCCCCUCAACUUGACAAGAUGGCUGCUCUCUGCUUAGAGUCCCUCCUGUACUAGGAUCGGGAGAGGGCUUGUGGGCAGGAAGGCUGAGUGGUCAUAGAGAUCACCUCAUUAGCUUCUCUUCUCUAAGGGAUAGUCCGCACUGUUACCUGGUUUUCUGGUUCUAGACAGCAGGGGGGGCAAGUCUGAUACUAGUUAAUCUUCACGGCCAGAAGCGGAAGUCCUACAGGCACACCUCAUUUUAUUGUGCUUGGCUUUAUUGCAUUUCACAGAUACUGUGUUUUUUACAAACAGGUUUUGUGGCAACCUUGCAUCGAGCAAGUCUAUCAGCGCCAUUUUUUUUCCAUCUGCUUACUUCAUGCACAUUUUGGUAAUUCUUGCAAUAUUUCAGACUUCCUCAUUAUGAUUAUAUUUGUUAUGGUGAUCUGUGAUCAGUGAUCUUUGAUGUUACUGUUGCAAAAAAAAUUACGACUUGCUGAAGGUUCAGACGAUGGUUAGAAUUUUUUAGCAGUAAAGCAUUUUUAAAUUAAGGUAUGUACAUUUUUUUGACAUAACGCUAUUACACACUAAAUAGACUGCAGUAUAGUAUAAACAUAACUUUUAUAUGCAGCGGGCGACCAAAAAAUUUGUGUGACUCGCUUUAUUGCGAUACUUGCUUUAUUGCGGUGGUCUAGAACAGAAUCCACAGUAUCUUCACCUUGUACUUUGCAAGGUGAAGUUGAGUUAGAGAACAUCCUGUACCUACUCUGGUAAGUUCCAAUCCGAGAAUUUCAGGUUCCUUUGGGAGGACGAGGGAAGUUGAGAAGGUCUUGGGACUUGGUGCUAUGGCUCUUUCCCUCAUAGUUUCACUUGAGUGUGACCAUUCCCAGUAAUCACAGCCAUGAUCCAGAGCUUGAGGUGGCCCUUGGUUCAAGAUCACCCUUAUUGUGGUGAACCUGGUCUGGUCCUCUUUGUGGCGGACAUCCUGGGUAAGAGUGUCACCCAUGAGCUGUAGAAAAAAGGUUAUUUGUAGAAAGAGGUCAUAGAUCAUAUGGUGAGACUUGCUUACUCAGAUAUCUUGGUCUUCCACAUUGGUUUGCAUACGGAGUUCUCCCAACAUCGAUUUGAUCAGAAACUUUUUAGCUAUUGAAUUAUCAGUUUCUGUAGAGCUGUCUGGAUAAGGUAUAUAGUCAAUGCAACUUAGAAUUUUGUCCAUCCUCGCUCCUGAAAGGUAAUGUAUCUGAGUAUAGAAUUUUAUGCCAGAAUACUUGCAGUUUUCCCUCAUCACUUUGAAAAUGUUAAUCUACUGUCUUCUUACAUUUAUCGCUGCUGAUGGAAUGUCUGCUGUUGGUCUAAAUAUCAUUCCUUCAAAGGUAAUGUUUAUUUUUUAAUUCUGAUAAGUUUUAAAGUUUCCCCUACCUUUUCCUUGGUGUUCUGCUGUUUCACUACAACGAGCUUUGAUGUAGAUUUAUUUUUACUUAUUUAAUAAGAGUAAAUUUUUAAUCAGAAAGAUAGGGCUGUAGCUUCUGUCCUGUCUGGAAAAUUCUCAGCUAUUUUCUCUUUCAGAAGAGUUUCUUUUGAAACUCUUAGUAUUAUCUGGUGAAGCUUCUUGGCUUAUUCUUCAGGUCUCUUACUUUUACUUUUUUAAUUUUUUAGUAUAAUUGUCUCUAUAUAUUGCAUUUGGGGGAAUUCCUCUUCAUUCUCUUCAAAUUAACUCUUUUCUUUCUUACUAAUCAGGCUGGAGUAUUACAUCCACUGAGGUAUAUAGUUUGUUGUCUACAUUUUUCAUUCUUAGCAUUUCUAAGGGCUUCUUUCACACGUUCACUUGUACCUGUUUCAUUUCUGCUUGUUUUUCAUUGGCAAUUUAUUAGAGUUCAAUAGAUUUUAUUCUACCAUCUAUCUCUUUCAGGAUCUUACAGUUAUUUUAAAGUCUUUUUUAGAAUUGCUUUGUUAUCUUAACCUUAACUGCAGUGAUUUCAUGCUGAUUUUGUAGUGUGGCUUUUCUGGUGUGAUUUUCUUCUUGUAUUUUUGAGCUCUGUAGGUUCAUCUUGAAUAACAGAUUUGGGUUUUUUCUUAUUUCUCUUCACUCACCUCUAUCUAGUAGUUUUGUGGCUUCUUUUACCAGGGCUUUCAGAGUCCCCAGUUCUGAGCCUGGAUUUAUAGAUGUGUUUUGCAACUCACAGCCCUUGGUGACACUGGGGCUGUCACAUAUUCAGUCAUGUAUCUGGAGGCAGCUUGGAUCAGUUCCAUGUCAUGAGGUUGUGCCUAGGUCUUCCCGGAUCCCAAGCCCCACAACAUCAUAUAAGCCAUAGUCCCAGGCAGUGUUUGGCAGAAGUUCUGUUUAGCUGUCUUUCACCAGUCAGAAAGCUCUGCCUUAGUCUCCGAUUUUAAGAAGGGAGCCUGGCUCUUGUCCUCUGCCUCAGGUGGGCACAUUUAUUCUUGGCUAAACCCAGGAACAAACUCUGCUUUCCUACCAGGCAUUGAUCUCACAAGGCUUUGGUUUCUGUCCAGGUCAUUAAUUAUCUUACUGUUGUUUUCCAUUCUUCUAGCAAGGAAGGAUUUCUUAUUCUUUAGCCUGCCUGUGCCUUUUAGUUUUCCUUUUAAAAUGUGUUGUGUAUCACUGCUGUUUGGUCAGAUUGAGAGGGGGUGGCCCUCAAGAAGUGCACUUACAAUUCUAUAUUAACCCCAAGGCCCCAAUUUUGUCAUUAGAUGAUCAGAAACAAUGUUUUGUUUUGUUUUACAUUUUUAAGUUACAACUAGCACUCAAGUUGUUUUCAGUUACAUAGAGGAUUAAUUAAUUAAUUAAUUCAAAUAAAAUAAAAUAAAUAACAAGGCUACACUUUGCUCUCAGUUGGCCACAAGAUGGCAGUGUUUCUCCUAGUACUAACUGCCCUCCUUGUAUAAAAGACUUCUCCCUACCAAAACAUAUCCCAGUCAUCUCGUAUUUUGAUUCUUUUUUUUUUUUUUUUCUAGUAGGGGCCAAGCACAGCCUGGAGUAGUAGAUCAAGACUCAGUCUGGAAUCAGGCAAUUCCAAGUUCAAUUUCUGGCUCUGCCACAAACUAACUUACAACCUUGAAUUGAACAUCUCCAAGUUUCUGUUUCCUCAUCUAGAAGAUGAAAGACACAUCUGGCUUGCCCUUCUUGUGACUUGGAGAGGAACAAGAAGAAAAUACACGGGCAAGUGUAAUCAAUUAUAAUGUACUAUGGAACGAGCUGUUAACCAUUAAUGUGCAUAAGAAUCACCUGAGGAAAUUUUUAAACUGCGUAUUUCCCAGGUCUUGCUCCCAGAGAUGUUCCGUAGAUCCAGGGCCGUGCCUGGGAAUGUGCAUAUUACCAAGCACCCUUGAUAAUCAUCAUGCUGAAGGCCCUUGGACCGUAAUUUAAGAAACCGCAUUAUACAAAUACAUACCAGUAGAAAGAGAGAUUAAGGCACAGAAGUUAUUCUUAACUCCCUUUGUAAUGGCACUUAUUAUUUUGUAUUUUGAAUAAAAUUUUAUGAAAUCCCC